AAACUUCUCAUUUCUGUUUGUUUUUUCUUUGGUUUACUGGAAGAAUCCAUUUCAUUGUUUUCCCGUUUUCCGCUCGAAAACUCAACGGGGAGAGAGAGUGAGAUCUAAUCCAAAGACGAGGCAUCCACCCCCAAACACGUUCCUGAAUUUCUUUAGCAUUUUCCAGCUGCAAUAUUUUCCAAUUGUUAAAUACCCGUCGAUCUGAGCGCAGACCACAGGGAGACCAAUGGCGAUGGCGCGGGCGACCUCUGGGCUCCAAUACCCGGAGCGCUUCUACGCAGCGGCCUCCUACGCCGGCUUCGAUGGCGACCCUAACUCCACCUUCAAGGCACUCACCUCCAAGUUCUCCAAAGAAUCCGCUGCCAUCCUUUAUGGCUUGUAUCAACAGGCGACAGUAGGACCUUGUAACAUACAGGAGCCUAAUUCUUGGAAAGUUGUUGAGUAUACAAAAUGGCAGAGUUGGAGUGGGCUUGGAAACAUGUCAUCCACCGAAGCAAUGCGUCUCUUUGUGAAAAUAUUGGAGGAAGAAGAUCCAAGUUGGUAUUCAAGAGCAUCUAACUUUGUUGCAGAGCCUGUAAUGGAUGUCCAAAUGAAUCAUAAUUCAACAGUUGAGCCAGUGGUUGUGAAUGGGAAUUCUUUUGAGACAAAGACUAUCCCAACUGAGAAUGGGAGCCUGACGGAAACUCAGGAUAAAGAUGUUGUCUUGGAAGGCCUUGGUUCAGUUACUGUCUAUGAUCAAUGGGUUGCCCCUCCAAUAUCUGGUCAACGCCCAAAAGCCCGAUAUGAGCAUGGUGCAGCAGUCGUGCAAGACAAGAUGUACAUAUAUGGAGGAAAUCAUAAUGGUCGUUACCUCAAUGAUAUUCAUGUCCUGGAUUUUAGAAGUUGGGCUUGGUCAAAGAUUGAGGCAAAGACUGGGGCUGAGUCACUUGAGUCAUCAUCGCCAGUGACAUUUUCUCCUUGUGCUGGUCAUUCCUUGAUACCAUGGGAAAAUAAGCUUCUUUCAAUUGCUGGACAUACAAAGGAUCCAACCGAAACUAUACAGGUGAAGGCAUUCGAUCUGCAAUCCAGCACUUGGUCAACAUUAAAGACGUAUGGUAAAGCGCCGGCAUCACGUGGAGGUCAGUCAGUGACCCUUUUUGGGACAAGCUUAGUGAUUUUUGGUGGAGAAGAUGCAAAGAGAACUCUCCUAAAUGAUCUACAUAUUCUCGACCUAGAAACUAUGACCUGGGAUGAAAUAGAUGCUGUGGGAGUGUCUCCUUCUCCGAGAUCUGAUCAUGCUGCUGCAGUGCAUGCUGAGCGUUAUCUUCUGAUUUUUGGUGGUGGUUCUCAUGCUACUUGCUUCAAUGAUCUGCAUGUUCUCGAUUUGCAAGCUAUGGAAUGGUCAAGACCCACUCAACAGGGUGAGAUACCGACUCCACGGGCUGGACAUGCAGGUGUGACAGUUGGGGAGAAUUGGUUCAUUGUUGGUGGUGGUGACAAUAAGAGUGGAGUCUCGGAAACCGUUGUCCUUAACAUGUCUACACUUGUUUGGUCAGUGGUAACUACCGUUCAAGGACGAGUUCCAGUUGCCAGUGAGGGCUUGGGUGUGGUUGUAAGCUCCUACAAUGGUGAAGACAUACUUAUAUCUUUUGGAGGAUAUAAUGGUCGUUACAACAAUGAGGUUAAUGUUCUAAAGCCAAGCCACAAAUCAACCUUGCAAUCAAAGAUGAUUGAAACUCCUGUCCCAGACAGUGUUUCUGCUGUGCACAAUGCUACAAAUCCUACAAGAGAUGUGGAGUCUGAGUUUGACGCAGGCCAAGAAGGGAAAAUUAGGGAAAUUGUUAUGGACAAUGCUGAGUCAGAGCCUGUGAAGUCUAAAGGUGAGCCAAGCAAUAUUCAUCUUUUGGCAACCUUCAAGGCAGAGAAAGAAGAAUUAGAGUCAUCAUUCAGCAAAGAGAAGAUUCACUCUCUGCAAUUAAAGCAAGAGUUAUCAGAAGCCGAGAAUCGUAACACUGAACUGUACAAGGAGCUCCAAUCUGUUCGUGGUCAGCUUGCUGCUGAGCAAUCAAGAUGUUUCAAACUUGAGGUUGAUGUUGCAGAACUACGGCAGAAGCUCCAAACAAUGGAGACAUUACAGAAGGAACUGGAACUCCUCCAAAGACAAAAGGCUGCAUCCGAACAAGCUGCCUUGAAUGCAAAAGAGAGGCAGGGGUCUGGUGGGGUGUGGGGUUGGCUUGCUGGAGCCCCUCCUGGCCAAAAGGCCGAUGCCUGAAAAUUUGCUUAAGCUUUAGCCCAAUUAGUGAUUGCAAGAUUUGGUUCCCUAUUGAUCGAUACUUCUUUCUCAUAUAAUCAUAUUUUCAAUUUUUUUUUUUUUUUUUUUAUGUUUUUUCUUCCCUCACCCAGAAAAGAUAACAUUUUCUUUCCUGUGACGGAAAUAAUAUAUCAGGUUUUUGUUGGUCAGAAGCAAUUCCCCUUUGUUUCAUGAAUGCAUUUACUGUAAUUCAAUCAUCUAGUUUUUUGAAUUGGACUGUUAGUGUAAUAUUUUGCUUGUAACCAAAAUUUUGUUGGAGUUUGUAUUCGAAGUAAAAUGUAUUAUUUGAGUGAA